CCGGUGUGUGUCACAUUAAUAUCAGUCCGUCAGACAGCAACAACACGUGAGUGGAGUUUCUGCAGCGACGCGAUGUUCUCCUCUUUGAAAGAGCGAACCGGGGAGGUUCUGUUACCGGGAGACGAGUUCUCCUUCGAGGCCGAGGACACCAUCUCUCUCGCCGGCCCCGUUAAACCGGAGAAGGUGGUGUGUGGACCGGGUCUGAGGCGGAGCGGAGACCGGCUGCUGGUGUGCAAGAGCGGCGUCCUGCGACACAAACAGCCCAACAUGUUCUGGGUGGACUCCCAGCAGCGGAGGUACGUCCCGGCUAAAGGUGAGACCGUCAUCGGCAUCGUGACGGUGAAGUCAGGAGACGUCUUCAAGGUGGACUUUGGAGGAAGUGAGCAGGCGUCUCUGUCCUACCUGGCUUUUGAGGGCUCCACCAAGAGGAACCGACCCAACGUCCAGGUGGGGGACCUGGUGUUCUCCCAGUUCCUAAUAGCCAAUCAGGACAUGGAGCCGGAGCUGGUCUGUAUCGACGGCUCGGGACGAGCCAAUGGGAUGGGAGUGAUCGGAGGAGGAGGCCUGCUCUUCACGGUCUCUCUGGGACUCGUCAGAAGACUGCUGUCCCCCCACAGCGAGGUCCGGUCUGACCUGCAGCAGCUGUUCCCCUGUGAGCUGGUGGUCGGGAUGAACGGCCGCCUGUGGGCCAAGGCCUCCACCGUCCAGCAGACCCUCAUCAUCUCCAACCUGCUGCAGAGCUGCGACACCAUGACGGCCCAGCAGAGACGGGCGCUGUUCAGGAGGGUGGCCCAGGGGGCGCUGUAGACCACGUUGCCAGCAGAGACGGGUGCUGUAGACCACAUGGGACCACGUGCCAGCAGAGACGGGCGCUGUAGACCACAUGGGACCACGUGCCAGCAGAGACGGGCGCUGUAGACCACAUGGGACCUCAUGGAACACCUUCACCUGGUCUCGUCGCUGAAUGAAGAAAAACAUCUGACGAACUUGAAUCAGAGCCUCAGAAGAGAGAUGAUGAUGAUGAUGAUGAUGAUGAAGAGUUCAUUUUUUGAACAUUUAAUGUUCUAAUGUUUAUUUUGGUUCUGCACGUUGUGAUGUGAAUAUUUCGAGUCAGAUCAGAGAUCCUCGUGGGAGACAGACGCUCCACUACUUCACCUGUUUAGUUUCUUUCUUUUUUUUUAGACCAAACGAUGAAUAAAACAAUAA